AAGCAUAUACCUUCCCUCGAACAAACUUCACCUAAAAGGGCAGGGGUUAAAGCGCAAAAGGAGGAAUUCGAUUCAAACGGGGCCUAGGGUUUGGGUUUGCGAGCGAGCGAGUGAAAAGGAUCCAUUGGCGGAGCGCGCCUCUUCGCGUCUUCCACAGCUCUCCGUGAUUCACAGGUUCUAGGAUUAGGGUUUUGGAGGUAUGUGGAGCUGGGGAGGCAUCAGGGAAAUGGCGCGCCAGGCCGAUUUGCAGGAGCUCGCGCAGACAGUGUUUGUAGCUAUCGUCUUCGCGUUUAUGCUCUCCAAGCUUCUAUCGAUGUUUAUGGCUAUCAGGAGCUCGAUGAGGGCCGGGAAUAUGAGGGUGGAGCGUUUGUCUCCAAGCGAAGAAGCUCAAGAGAGAAAGGAAGAAAGAGGUGCUUCCAGCUCUUCAGAUGAGAAGGAAGAGAGCAUACAUUCUGUGGAUUCCGAGGGUGACAGGGCAGACAUAUCUGGAUUGAGCGAAGGCAGGGCGGAUUUCUCAGAAGUGAGCGAGGGUGGUGGGCUCGAUGAGGCUUCCGGCGCUGGAGUUGGAUCGCCAGCGCCGAUUAUCAAAAAGGACGAGGUCGUAGAACAGGAGGCGAUCACAGGACAUCAGAGCUUGGCGACAAUGGAAGCUGGCUACGAACCAUCUACGAGCUCUUCCGUGGAGGCGGAAGCUGGCUCCAACAGAUCGAUCUCGGCCAUGGCGAUGGACGAGGAUGAUGACGGUUCCUCCGAUUGGGAGGGCGUGGAGAGCACGGAGUUGGAUGAAGCUUUUGGAGCUGCGUCGAGCUUCAUAGCAACUCAAGCUGGCGGUUUGAAGGUUUCCAGUGAAACUCAACUCCAACUGUAUGGACUCUACAAGGUGGCGACGGAGGGUCCGUGUCAUACUGUGCAGCCAUCGGCACUGAAGAUGACUGCUCGCGCAAAAUGGAAUGCCUGGCAGAAAUUGGGGAAUAUUAGCCAAGAGGAGGCUAUGGAACGAUACGUGGAGCUUGUUUCAGAACUAAGUCCGGAUUGGGCGAGCAAUCAGAAAAGCAAGGGCAAAGAAGGAACGUCUGGAAGCAAACAAAAGAAAGGUCCUGUUGGGCCUGUCUUUAGCACACUAGCGUACGAUGAAAGGAGUGACGACGGAUCGCUGGAUGCCCUACACAUUGCUGCUCGGGAAGGCAACGAGCCUGGUCUCUUGGAACUUUUAAGUCAAGGCGUCCCGGUGGACGUCCAAGACAGCGAUGGCCGCACGGCCCUUCACUGGGCAUCUGACCGUGGACACUUGGGACUUGUGGAAUUGCUGCUUUCCAGAGGAGCAAAACUUCAAGCCAAGGACAAGGAAGGCCAGACCGCGCUACACUAUGCCUGUGUUUGCGAACAGGAGAUGGUUGCCAAGUUUUUGAUAAGCAAAGGGGCAGACCUUCAAGCUAGAGACGCCGAGGGCUCCACGCCGUUAAAUUAUCGCCCAGCCAACUGGGACUGGAUGAACGAAUGAAAGUGUAGCUCAGGGUCAACAAAUAGUUAUUUCCAGUCUGAUGUCAAAUAACACAGUGUACAUAACGUAUGAAAUCUGGUUUCAUUAUUA